AUGUUGAGACAGCUGCAACUGCGUUGGAGCGGCCACCUCGUGUGGACAGACGACGGGAAGCUACCCAAACGAUUCUUCCAUGGAGAUGUCGCCGUGGAGUCUCGCCGACAAGGAGGCCAAAGCAGCCGUUAUACUGACACUCUAAAGACUUCCUUGAAGCGUCUGCACAUCAACUCGGCCAAGUGGAAAGACCUCGCUCGAGACCGACCAACCUGGAAGAGGACAGUGAAGGCGAGCACAGCGGUCCUCGAAGCCAACCACAUCACAGCCGCCAAGGCCAAACGCGAGGCUCGCAAAUCUCAACUGCACCAACAUCGCAAAGCCAACGCUCAACCACCCCGACCUUCCUACGCUGCCUGUGGACGUCCCGGGCACCCAUCGGUGUCACUGGAUAUCUUUGGACCAACUGCAGCACCCGGACUACACCAGUUGCUGCCUCCCCGUCCAACUCUGCCUCAUCAAUCACGCCGACAACUAACACUGGCCGCACUCGCGAAUCCCCACUACCCUCCUCCUCCUCCUGCUCUUCUCCUCCUCCUGUUCAUCCUCCUCCUCCUACUCCAAGGCCCCAACAUCCGCCACGGCUGCGCACAAUUCUGA